AUUGCCGCAGGAUCGUUACCUAGCAACUGAACGCCGGCGCGUAAUUACAACAUUAAAUGGUGCAAUGGCGGAUAACCGGAGAGUGUCGGUGCCGUCCCGCAAGGGGAGGAAAACAAACAGUGCUGGUCAAGUAGUUGCUGGCUCUGUUAAGAAAGCCUCACAAGACAGUCUUUUGGCGAAAGAAGAGGAAUACAAGCGUCUGAAUGCUGAAUUGGAGGCCAAAACAGCUGAGCUUGUUCGCGAGGCUGAAGAAGUGAUGAGAGAGCAGGAGCAACUGCUCUCACGACCAUCACUGACACAGGUUAAACUCUUUGAUGAAGAUGAAGAUGAAAGCUUGAGGCAUCUGUUGUCCCCAGAAGUACCAACUUUAGCUCUUCCAAGGAACACGAAUGACAGUAAAGCAAAUACAAAAUCCACAAAGUCUUCAGCUCGGAGCAGGCCAUUUUCUGCAAACAACGGGAACAAACCAAUUUCUAAACCUCGACCGAGAACUACCGACACGCAAGCUGCCAAUGACGUUGCAAUCCCCACAGAUAUUGCAGACUUUUCCCUUGCAAAAACCAUUAGCAAGAUUGAAUGUAAGCUGGAGGAGGGAGAGCUGCCAGACAACACUGAAGAUGAUGUCAUUCCAGGAAUAAGCAAUGAAAUUGGUGCAGAAGCUCAAAUUAGAUUUCUGAAAGCAAAGUUACGGGUCAUGCAAGAGGAGCUGGACAACAUAACACAUGAAUGUAAUAAAAAGGAUGAUGAAAAUCGAACACUUCUAGUUAGUGUAAAGGACCUGGAGGAAGAGCGUGUACGGCUACAGAGAACUGUGAACAUACAGCAGACCCAAGCAGAGAAAUAUAAAUCUUUAUCUGAGGAAGCAACUAGAAAGAAUGAUGGAUUACAACAUCAAAUGUCCUCACUAGAAAAGGCAUUGGAAGACUUUAAGAGAGUACAGAAGCAAUCUGCCAGUAACCAGAGUGCUGUUGAGGUUCGCUUGAAUAGAGCCCUUGAAGAAGCUGAUAAAUAUAAAAUGGAGCUCAAUAAACUAAAGCAGAGUAAUAAGGAUACCGCUAAUCAAGAGCGCAGAAAGAUUGAUGAACUAAAACUGGAAAUCAAGAAGCUGGAUAAGCAAAAAGCAGAGCUGAUGGCUGGAUUUAAGAAACAACUCAAACUUAUAGACAUUUUAAAAAGACAAAAGAUGCACGUUGAAGCAGCGAAGAUGCUUUCUUUCACAGAAGAGGAGUUCAUGAAAGCCCUGGACUGGGGAGUUUCUUAG